UUACUUUUUCUUCUCAGACAAUUAAUUGAAUCUAUGGCAUCAUCAUCUUCUUCUGUGAGUAAUUCACAGUACUGUCCUCCAUGGAAGUACGAUGUCUUUCUAAGUUUCAGAGGAGAUGAUACCCGGAAUAACUUUACAAGUCACUUGAACAAAGGUUUGGAAAAUAGGGGAAUAGCCACCUUUCUAGACGAUGAAAGACUAGAGGAUGGCGAUUCCAUCUCAGAAGAACUCGUGCAAGCGAUAGAAGAGUCUCAAGUUGCCGUAAUCGUUUUCUCAAAGAAUUAUGCUAAGUCAAGUUGGUGCUUGAAUGAAAUAGUGAAGAUUAUAGAAUGCAAGGAGAAAGAAAAUAGACAAACUGUUAUACCGAUCUUCUAUUAUGUGAAUCCAUCACAAGUUCGAUACCAAAGUGAGAGCUUUGCAGAAGCAUUUGCCAAACACGAAUCGAGGUAUAAGGAUGAUGUUGAGGGUAUGCAGAAGGUUCAAGGAUGGAGGAAUGCCCUAACUGCCGCUGCAAAUCUAAAAGGACAUGAUAUUCAUGACCGGUGAGUUGGAAACAAAUAAUUACUUUUGAUGGAAAAAAAA